CUCCGUAAUAUAUCUCGCCAUUCCAUGAUCCAAGAGGAUAUCAGGAGAAAGGAAAACAAAAAAGAUGACAACAAUUUAUGCCUUAGGAUCAAAUGGUUCUGGACAACUCGGGAUUGGUCACAAGGAAGAUGUAUCUGUACCGAAACCAGUCCUCUUCAAUGGCUCAUCUCCUGACAGAGUCACUCAAUUAAAAGCAGGAGGUAACCACACACUUUUACUGUCAUCUGGUAUUCUGUAUUGUGCAGGUGAUCCAGCCAGCGGAGCAUGUGGUUCCAUUUCCGAUUCCAACUCUCCAGGUUCUCGGUUUCGGCAGGCCCAGCUGCAUAUUGAAGAAGCUCCCUCAAGCAACCCACCAGUGAUUCGGUUUUGUGCUGCUUCUUGGGACUCUUCUGUCAUUGUCCAGCAAGAUGAAAAUGGUAGCGCAACCAAAGUCUACAGUUUCGGGACGGGAAACAAGGGUGAGUUGGGUACGGGAGAAUUUCUCUUUCGUUCCUCAAAGGCCCAGCUCAUAAAGGAUUUUCCUCCUCCGGGACUAGAGGUGGUUGAUCUUGCUGCAUCCGUCAGUCAUGUUGUUGCCGUCCUGAGUAAUGGAGAUGUCUAUGGAUGGGGAAGUGCCAGAAAGGGUCAAUUGGGUCAACCUGAUGGUAUUAUUUACUCUCCACGCAAGAUCAGUGGGGUCGAUUUCAAGGUCAUUCGAGCUGUUUGUGGCAGAGAGUUCACGUAUUUACUUGGGGAGCCGGAGGAAGGAAAGCAUAUUGUCUUGGGCUCCGACAAAUGGAAUGUGAGAUCCUCGGCACCACCAUCGGCACCUAAAUGGAAGGACGUUGGUGCGAGCUGGGGCAGUAUUUUCGUCCUACAAGAUGAUGGGAAAUUGCUAUCCUGGGGUAGAGAUGAUCACGGACAACUGAGUCCUCCCGGAAUGCCGGCCUUGUCACAGAUCGCGAUUGGCAGCGAACACGCAUUGGGUCUUACUUCAGAAGGAGAUGUCCUUGCCUGGGGAUGGGGCGAACACGGUAAUUGUGGACCAAACACAACCGAUGGGGACGUGAAGGGAAGAUGGAAUGUGAUUGCUUCCUCAAAGUAUCUACCUCCUGAGAGCAAAAUCCUUGGUAUUGGGGCAGGCUGUGCAACAAGUUGGAUCUGCGUCAGCGGUUGACAGCCCUUCUCUGCCUUAAGCCAUUACUCCAGCUUCGUCCUCGAAUGACCUUCUUUCUGGCGCUGAAUAUUCUGCAAAAUUGCAUCUGGCGUCAAUAUUGCGGCAAAUCGGUGCGCUUCCUGGAUAUAAGAGUCUGGAAGUGAUGUUGACGAGUAGCCGUUGGAUCUGACCUUCGACUUUGUAGGAUUCAGAUAUCCGUCAUCAAUCGUCGAAUAUACCCCGGAU